AUGUACAUAAGAGACUAUGAGAUUCCAAGCCCGGAAGAAGGACCCAAACCAGGAUCGCGGUGGACGCUCGUGUUCGAUGGUGCCUCAAAUGCAUUGGGUAACGGAAUUGGGGCUGUUAUAACUUCUCUAACGGACUUUCAUCUUCCCUUCACAGCAAGGUUAUGUUUCAAAUGCACCAAUAAUAUGGCGGAGUAUGAAGCAUGUAUCUUGGGAAUCGAAGCAGCUAUUGACCUAAGAGUCAAGAUUCUUGAGGUGUAUGGAGACUCGGCACUUGUCAUCUAUCAAAUCAAAGGAUAUUGGGAGACCCGCCAUCCCAAUUUAAUCCCAUACCGAGAGCAUGUCAUGAAGCUAAUCCCCUACUUCGAUGAGAUUAAUUUCCAUCAUAUUACUAGGGAGGAGAAUCAACUAGCUGAUGCCUUGGCUACUCUGUCAUCUAUGUUCAAGGUCAAGUGGGCUAACGAAUCACCUGCUAUUACAAUUCAACGUCUAGACGAGCCAGCACAUUGCUUAGCAGUUGAAGCAGAAACAGAUGGCGAGCCUUGGUUUUAUGACAUCAAAUGA